AUGGUAAGUUGGAUUGGGUUAAAAAGCGGCCCAAAAAGAAGCAAAAGAAGGGCAUCUCGUUUCAAAAUUUGAAAUACAGCACCGAACAAUGUGUACCGUUGGAAACACUCAAAAUCUCUCAUAGAGAGAACUCUCACUGAAACGAAGACGAACUCAACAAACAUGAGACGCCAUGGAUGGCAACGUCCUCUUCACACGUUGCAGAUUGUGGGCAUAUCGGUGUUCUGUUUCCUCUUGGUGUUUUUUUACACCUUCAUCGGUCUUCUCCUCGGUAACAGAGUUGUUGAGAUCACUGUCACCUCGAUUUUCUCCUUUGUGGCACUUUCUGCUGCAUUUCUGUUUAUAAGGUGUGCGGCUAUCGAUCCAACUGAUAAGACGAGGUUCAGGAUGAGGAGGAAAAGCACUCGCACUGCGUUUUCAAAUCUUAAUUAUGGAUUUGUAUUGGGACAGAUUGUUGUGAGAUUUCUUAGGAGAAUUGAGCGCAGAGUGCUUAAGACAUUUAUAAGGAGAAAGUACCUGGAUCCUUUAAAAAGUAAUCUUCAUUUGGAGCCUUUGCUCACAUUUCCACUACUCGUCAAAGAUGAUUUGGUUGCCCAACAGACAAAAGAUGAUGACAUUUCAUUUUGUUCGCUUUGUGAUUUUGAGGUUAAAAAGCGUAGCAAACACUGUCGGACCUGCAAUCGAUGUGUGGAAGGAUUUGAUCACCACUGCAGAUGGUUAAACAAUUGUGUCGGGAAGAAGAACUAUACCAGCUUCAUUUUUCUAAUGAUAUUCCUCUUGAUAAUGCUGCUUAUUGAAGGAGGCACAGCUGCUGCAAUAUUUGUAAGGUGCUUUGCCAACAAAAGGAGCAUUGAACUAGAGAUUCAGAGAAGAUUCAGUGCCAAGUUCCCUAGAGGAGUUCUGGCAACAAUUUGUGUAAUCUUAUUUUUCAUGACAUCGUAUUGUGUAGCAGCGCUGGGACAGCUUUUCUUAUUUCAUAUAGUUCUCAUCCGGAAGGGAAUGAGAACUUAUGAUUAUAUCUUGGCAAUGAGAGAGGAGAACCAAUCUAUGGAACUUUUGGAGUCAUCAGAAGAUUCAGAUUCCUCCUCUGAUGAGAGUAUCGACUUUGAUUCACCUGAGAAGCCGUCACUUGUUUCAAAACUUACUUGCAGAGAAAAAAGAAUGAAUCAGAGUCUGGAGACAGUAUCUAUAAAAAUCGAUGGAGAAUCAUCCACAUUGAAAGAAAAGCGAGGUUUUCGAGCUAACAUUGACCCCUGGAAACUUAUAAGUAUGAGUAGAGAGAAAGCACUAAAAGCAGCUGAAAAGGCAAAGGAACGGCUCAUCAAGCAGAAGGAAAUAGUAGACCCUUUAAAGCCGCUACCACUAGAAACAAGAAGUGGACCACUGAUGAAUUUGGACGCUAAUAGAGUUCCCUUAUCUGUGGCUAGCAGUAGGGAACUUGCUUUAUCGAAAGAAGUGAUCAUCACAAAAGGGAGGGUAAUCCGUAGCGGGGGAUCACCAAUGCAGCUUUCUAGUCCCAGGCGAAGACAUUCCUAUUCUCCUACAGUUGUCCCUACACCUCGUAGUGGUAAUACUACUGUACCAUCCCCAUCACCAAAGCAUAGAUAUAAAGGCAAUUUCGACUUGAAGUUAACGCAAGUCUCCAAGGAACUUGAGACUCACAUUUCGAGGCAGGUAUUAUUCUCUGCCUUGAAAAAAGAAAAUGAAGCUGCAGCAUCACCCAGAUAACAUCACUGGUGGAUCGGAGGUGGCGACACCCUCAAAUUUCUAACAUCAACAAAGUGAGGGGCUGCUUUGAGUACAUUUUUCUUCUUUCAAUUUAUUUGUAAUAGCAUUUAUGUUACUAAUAUUGUUGCACAAGUUGACUUCAUCAUCAUAACGAACACAACAUAUGUAUGAUAAUGCUGCCUACAAUAUCUUGUUUAUAUAUGUUCCCAACAAAGUGGGAUUGAAAAAUAUACUGUGCUUUACUAUUUAAGGAUUAUGGUUGAACUUGUACCUGAAAAUUCUAUUA